AUGGAUGAGAACCGCGCAGUAGGGGUGCACGUUCCACUCAGGGAUAUCGUCUUUGUGACGGGCCUCGACGCAAUCGCCAACCCACCACGUUCCUCCUCUAUACCCACACCAGGAGCUGCAGCCGCAGCAUCGCAGGAGUCACUUGCAUCUGUGAAAGCUACGGCGGGAUAUAUAUGCGAUGACUUCUCCCUCUGCUUCUGCAGCUGCUGCUGCUGUAGGUGUGGAAGAGACAUGGGAAUCGUCAAGGAAGGCGAUAGGACAGUUGACCGUACCGACGCCAUGACAGCUGCACAGAACGUGGAUGCGCUUUGCUCGCCGUACCGCCGCAGCUGCAUGCACCGCUCGUUCCAGAAGCUAUACCGCAGGAAGAAUUCCUCCCACAGCAUGAGCUGCGAGAGCCGCACCGGGUCCACCAAAGGGCCUAGCAGGAGCUUGUUGUCGGCAAAUGAGAAGUGUGGGUUCAAGAGACCCGAGAAGCACAUCGCGUCGUAUGAAACCGCCAGCCGACGUGGUUUGCUUCCAGCCGCAGUACACCAACCGAUUGUGUGCAGCGAUGCACCACCACCACAGGCGCGGAAGAACAUCUGCAGCGGGACUACAGGUGGGGAUGAGCCAGAAUCCACCACUACACCCCUCUUCACGUCAUCCUCGACAUCCUCCUUGUCGUCGUCUGCAGCUGCUGCUGGCACGGUAUGA